AUGUCGUCCAAAAACAGGGUCACGGACGAACAUCAUGAGAGCGACACGCUUCGACCCUCGGCCUUGAGGAUCCCAACAGGCGAGCCGAGCUCAUGGGACUAUGGGCGCUCUAGUCGAGAGAAUCCGAUCACCGAGGCGGACAAUUGGGGCCGAAGAAGGUCAUCCUCCUUCGGCCGCCUUCGACAGGUAGGAGGCCCCAACAGUAUCGAUAACUUCGCCCGCUCAUGGCAAAGAGCUGCUGCCUUCCCCGAAGUGAUCCCGCGACGCUCCUCGUUUGUAGAGGCAGACACCGACGAUGAACUUGCUAUUGACGACGACGAGGUCGGGGGAUCCCAGUAUCGUCGCCGCUCGGGCGACUCAGAUCUUGAUCCAUCUCUGUACCUGUCUGACACUGAUGACUAUGGUGAGGAGGAAGGCGCGGUGGACGAUGCAAUCUUGCAUGGGUCACAAAGGUCCAAGAAGGGAAUACCGAGAACCGGGCUACUAGCUUCGUCUCCGGACAGAGCCCAUGUCGCUUCGUACGGUACGAUCUCCUCGCGCGUGAGUGAAUCAGCUCGACAACAUGCGAUUCAGCUCCAUAGAGAGCAGCAAAUUGGAGCUGAUGGGCUUGGAGAUCCCGAUCGAGAACCCCUCCUCCUCAAGCAUGUUCAGCAUGAAGACGGCACACAGGAGGAUAUCAUUGUCGGGCAAUCUACCCUGCCGCAGACGGUCUUCAACUCGGUCAAUGUACUGAUAGGCAUCGGAUUACUGAGUCUUCCGUUGGCAAUGAAGCAUGCCGGGUGGGUGCUCGGGUUAUCGUUUCUGGUGUUUUCUGCAGUGGCCACGGCUUAUACGGCCAAGAUUCUGGCCAAAUGCCUGGACGUGGACCGCUCUCUCGUUUCGUAUAGCGACAUCAGCUAUCUAGCAUUUGGGAAAUAUGCUCGCCUUAUCACCAGUUUCCUCUUUUGUAUGGAGCUGCUGGGGGCUUGCGUAGCUCUCGUGGUGCUUUUUGCAGAUAGUCUAUACGCUUUGAUUCCAGGUCUCAGUAUUCUACACUGGAAAAUAGUCUGUGGAAUGGUCCUGAUGCCCCUGAAUUUCUUGCCUUUACGUUUUCUCAGCGUCACUAGCAUCCUUGGCAUCGUCUCCUGCACUUCAAUUGUCAUCCUGAUUUGCGUCGAUGGGUUGAUCAAGCCAGAUGCACCUGGCUCCCUUCGGCAGCCGGCCACCACGUUCCUCUUUCCCGAGAACUGGGCUACUCUUCCUCUAAGUUUCGGUCUCAUCAUGUCACCCUGGGGCGGGCAUUCUGUGUUCCCCAACGUUUAUAAAGACAUGAGGCAUCCUCAAAAAUAUGAGAAAAGUCUCUGGUCCACCUAUUUAUUUACAUUUUCUCUUGACUGUUCCAUGGCGAUUCUUGGCUGGGUCAUGUUCGGAGACAUGGUCCGUGACGAAAUCACGGCCAACAUCCUCACCAUCGACGAGUAUCCGCAAGCACUUUCCGUCUGCAUUAUCAUCUUCAUCUCAAUCAUCCCGCUGACAAAAGUACCGCUGAACGCCCGGCCCAUAGUAUCCACAUUUGAGGUCAUCUGUGGAGUAGGGAAAGGUCGUGGAUCCUCUGGGGCAUAUGAUGAGAAGAUUCAAAAAGUGGUGCGAGUAGUGGUCCGCAUCUUCACCGUGACUCUCAUUGUCGUACUGGCCAUUGUCUUCCCGUCUUUCGACAGGAUCAUGGCUUUCUUGGGCUCAUUCUUGUGCUUCACAAUCUGCAUCAUACUCCCACUUGCCUUCUAUCUGAAAAUCUUCGGGAAGGAGAUCAGUAGAAAGGAGCGUAUCGUUGACUGGCUUUUGCUGGUCUUGUCUUCGAUACUGGCGGCAAUCGGGACUGUGUGGGCAUUCCUGCCUAGUGACAUGAUCUCGGGAACAACUUAG